GCUAACCGGAUGUUACGUAAAACUACAAACAACCCAAGGCUGCUGAAUUGUCUGGGGCAAAGCAGCAUUUUCUUAAAUAACCAUAACUGGAAAACGAUAAUAAAUCACUACUGGAAACUUAUCAGGCUAUAGAAGAAAACUGGGACGGCUGAAGAGCUAGGUUGGAAAAAGUUUAUACAAAACCAUGGUGGAAUAUUAUCACAUUUUAGGAGUCCUAAGAAAUGCAUCUCAAGAAGACAUAAAAAAAGCGUACAGAAAAUUGGCACUAAAAUGGCAUCCUGACAAAAACCCAGAAAAUAAGGAAGAGGCAGAGAAAAAGUUCAAAGAACUUUCUGAGGCCUAUGAGGUUCUGUCAGAUGCCAACAAGAGGAACAUGUAUGAUCGCUAUGGUAAAGCAGGCCUAACAACAAACAGUGGAGGAGGUGUUGGACAUUACCACAAUGGUGAUCACUUCAACGAAGGGUUCACGUUCCGCAAUCCUGAAGAUGUCUUCAGAGAGUUCUUUGGCGGUCGAGAUCCUUUUGCAGAUUUCUUUGGAGGGGAUCCGUUUGGGGAUGAGUUCUUCGGUGCAGGGAGGAGGCACCACAGGGGAGUGAGCAGGAGUCGAACGGGGGGACCCUUCUUCGGAGGAUUCGGUGGCUUCCCACCAUUUGGUGCAGGCUUCACAGCGUUUGACCCAGGUUUUACCUCUUUCGGACACAUGGGUCACAUGGGUCAUAUGGGUCCUAUGGGCCAUAUGAGUCACAUGGGUCAUCUGGGAGGAGGAGGAGGAGGAGGAGGCCAUGGUGGCUUCACUGCCUUCUCCUCCACCUCCUUUGGCGGCGGGGGUGGAGGUGGAGGAGGCGGGAUGGGCAACUUCCGCUCUGUAUCAACCUCCACCAAAUUCAUCAACGGCAGGAAAAUCACAACAAAAAGAAUUGUGGAGAAUGGACAGGAACGCGUAGAGGUGGAAGAAGACGGACAGUUAAGAUCACUAACCGUCAAUGGUAAGGAACAACUACUGCGACUGGAUAACAAGUAAUCUCCUGGAGCAUUACCAGCACAAACUUGAGCUCAAAAAAACAAUGUUAUGUCAUUGUUUGGAUGUUUGUACUUUUGUUUGGUUUUCCCUUGUUAGAGUUUGUAGGUCAGUGUCCAUUGAGUAAAUUAAAUUUUCUAUGCAUUUUGUUAAUGUAUUUAUGAAUUCGAGCUGUCAACAAUUUGGCUCAGGAUGGAGUGUUAUACUUGCGUUUGGGACCAUGGUGUAAGUAAGUUAGGAUCAGAGAACUUCUGUUUGUACUGUCUUUCUGUAUGCACUUCUUCGCUCUAUUGCAGUCUCUCUCUGAUAAUGUUUUGGACAAGGAACGCUUUGUGCAUUUGGAUAAAGCAUGACUUUGCUUUUUCAUCUGGAUAUUAAUAUGAGUGUUAACUGGAAAACGUAACCCUUGCUUUAAAACCCUGUUUACGACCUGAUUGCUUAUCUAACCUUUGUUAGUAACAUUUCUUUUAUAAAUGCUGGUAGAAAGUGUUAAUAUGCUAUUUUAUUUGUUCUAAUACGAGUGUUUUUAGUUGUUUUGUUCAUUUCAGCAUGUAUGCCAAUAAAUGUUGUUCAGUCUUAAUGUUAUGAUUGCAUAACCAUGCACAAAUUAACCAUUCAUUAUAUAAAUGAUACAUGAAUAUACAAGGMAUUUUGUGUACUUUGUAAAACAAUUUAAAAUCAAUAAAUAUGAAUUUCAUCCUUUUUUGGGGAUUGGACGGACAGUCUU